AUGAAACGAGACAACGGUGGAUUAUUUUACACCACGGUCGGUGGGAUUACGUCCUUCAGCCAGUUGAGAGGCCUCUGCCAACUAUACUUCUUCGCCCUACUAAAGACCUACUCGUGUAUCGUGUUCACUCUGCCUAAUGUUGGGUUAGCUAAAACCAGUGUUAAGAUCACAUUCCGAGUUGCAAAAAAACGCAACAAAGACGAUAGGAAACGAAUGUCAUCGAAAAAGCUAAGCGGGAACGAUAGUUAUCUUUGUAGAUAUCCUACGAAUGAGUCCCUCAGCUUUAUCAUCGAACGUGUCCGAGGAGCGACGUCAGUAAUCGUGGCGCGUCACACAUUGAGCGGAAUGAACGCGCGUUCGCGCACUUUGCAACCUAACAAAGUGCCAGCUCCUAACAAAGGGUCGCGUCGCCAGUCCUCGGCGGACACGCAUAAAACCGCUAUACCUCUACCCUGUGACGCGGUUCGGCGUAGAAGCGCAGAAAGGAAAAUAAAUGAGUAA